ACAGAAAUAAGCAUCAUGGAAUGAAGCCUAUGUUGUUUCAGUCUCUUCAGGAAAUGGAAGAUUUAAGUAUUCACGUUGUUGUUAUUUCGGAAUGUGGGGAUAGAAACAAAGGUACUUCACAACUCCGUGUUUGGCAUCAUUGGAAGAAUGAGGCUGAGAAAAUGAAGGCAGUUUUAGAAAUUCUAAUAUUGAGUGUGGUGAUUUUUCAAUCUAGCAAAGGGAAUGAGGGUCUUUGGCAACAAAAUCAGUUUAGACCAAUAUGCAGAAUGGUUAAAUGGAGGAAUGAGUGUGUGACGCAAGAUAGGACAGCACCAUCAAUUGAGUUUGGUUCUGGUAUUGAUGUCCUACAGAGAGAGAUGCAAUGGACUUGUGAGGAAUUAAGUGAAGCUACUGCCAUAGUCUUGAAUAGUUUUCAGAAAGAGAAGUUUCUUAAAUCCUGGAAAUUCAAAUACAAACACAAGGAACUACAGAAUAGGAGACGGAGGCUGCUCAUUUUCGGCCAACCAAAUGGUUCAACCAACCUGUGUCAGUCAACAUUUCUAGCUCAGUUUGCAGCUGCAGACCCUGGUUUGAUUCUACAUGGGCACAUUGUCUUGAUAGCUCAUCCGAAUGUGUAUGGGAAGCUGCUGUUACAAAUUAGACCAUCAACGGAUUUUCGGGAGUAUGGAGAUAUCUUAACAAGGGCUGCUGUGUUCGGCAUAGCUUUGACAGAUCGAGCUGCAUUACUAACCCAGCUUAUUCUUGAUGCUAUAAAGUUCCAACUAAACUCUAUCACAAUCAUUCAAAUGAAACCUCAAAAAUUGACACUUGAAAUCGUUGGCCACUAUGGAUGCGAAAGAUGGGGACUUUCUCGUUCUCCUGGAUCUUUAGUAAGUUUCUUUGCAGAGACACCAAUCAAUAAACUAAAUGUCUUAGCUUGUACAGAUGGGUUGGUCUCGAUUUGUGCAGAAACUAGUGAUGGGUCUCCUAUGUAUUACAUUGGAAACCCUUUGUUGCAGGAAUGGUUUCGAAUCCCUCAACCUCCUUUCCGUAAUUUUGAGAGAUUACGAAAGCACGAGCGUUUUAGCGACAGUGGAUUAGUUACAAAGAUGAAGAAUGGUGUCGUUGUGAGUUACAAGAUUGUGUGGUUGUUGACUCAUCCUGCUAAGGUUGAGUUUAUGAUUUACUCAUCUGAUACAGGGACUUGGGAUAGACGAAAUGUGACUUGUGUCCAUACUGCUUUGUGGACUAGUCGGGACAAGUCGAUUGCUUUGAAUGGGAUUCUUCAUUGGCUUUCCAAUCUCACCAGUUCUAUUGUCGCUUACGAUUUCUAUGGAGGUCAUAAUGAUGGUUGUUGUAUCAUACAUUUCCCUGGUGUUGGAAAAGAUGAUGAGUUACGGCGUUUUAGAAGAACCUUUACAACCUCGGAAGGGUCCAUUGUGUAUUUCAACGAGAAUGUAGACCGCACAUUACGGGUUUGGAGGCUGGUCAAGUACACUGAUGGUCCUGAGGCGUGGCAGCUCUUUAGGGAAGUCAGCUUGGUGCCUUUGAUGGAGUCAGGUAUCAAUUAUAUCCCUGUGGUAAUGCAUCCUUUGAACUCUGAGAUCAUCUACUUCUGGAGCAGGAACAAGAAAGGUCUGAUCUUGUUUAACUUGAGGACACAAGUGUUUAGUCUUCACAAGGAAACUGAAGACGUUCGUAAGUGUAUGGAUGGUUGCGUUUUAAGUUUUAACCGGUGCAGCGAGUAUAUGGAGAGCAUAUAUACAUACUUUCUCUCAUCAUUUCAAAAUGGUCCUAACCAUCUCCUCUUUUCACAGUAUGUUUUCCCUCGUUGGCUGCACCAUCUCCCUGGUCUGAAUCCUACUUAGUGUACUAUGUUUCAAGUCUCAAUCUGAUAAGCUACAAAGAUUGUAUGAGAAGGCACAUGUAAGAGCUAAAUUGAAGGAAGAAGAGAAGAAGCUCGUAAUCAAACUGUAUUUGUGUGAGUUGUUAAUAGAAGUUGUGUUCUAGA